AUGUGGAGCUCCUGCCCCAUCCCCAGCCCCAUCCCCAGCCCCAUCCCCAGCCCCAUCCCCAGCCCCAGCCCCAGCCCCAGCCCCAUCCCCAGCCCCAUCCCCAGCCCCAGCCCCAUCCCCAGCCCCAGCCCCAUCCCCAGCCCCAGCCCCAGCCCCAGCCCCAGCCCCAGCCCCAGCCAUCCGGGUUCUAUUCGGGAUGUAUUCCUGCCUCAUGCCCAGGCUUCCGUAGCGGCACGGGGAGGUGGAGGUGUGGGGGGGUGGUUGGUAUCGCAGCUGUACUUAAAACACCUCCAGUUAAAGCCGCGCGCGCGCGAGGAGAAAGAGACCAUGAGCGAGACUGCCAAGGACAAGGGCGCCGUCUCUACUAAAGAGAAGGGCGGAGCCGAGAAGAGAGGCAGAGGCAGACCCCGAAAGAACCCACAGCAGGAGCCCAGCGGUUCCCCGACGCCGAAGAGGCCCAGAGGACGGCCAAAGGGAAGCAAAAACAAGGCCAGCUCCACGGCAUCUAAAGGCAAAAAAGCAGCUGCUGCGACAGCAUCUGCCGGGGGAAAACGCAGAGGAAGACCCAAGAAAGCAGAGAAAGAAGAGCAGCCAUCUAAAUCUUCCGAGGAGGAGGAGGAGGAGGAGGAGGAGGAAGAGGAAGAAGAGGAACAGUAGAUCAGCAAACCGGCGCUACCUCAUAACAUCUCGUCACUUCCCUUUUAAAAAAAAAAAACAGAGCUGGACUUUUUUUUUUUGCAACCUCGCAAAAGAAAAAAAAAACGACACAGAACCCGUGCCUCCCUCUCCCUCCCUCUCUCUCUCUCUCUCUCUCUCUCUCUCUCCCUCUCUCUCUCUCCCCCUCCCUACCCCCCC